AUGGCGGCGCGCUCGCCGUCUUCCUCGCCGCCUCCGCCCCCGGUGCGGCGGUCCAGCCGCCGGUCUCUGCGCGUCGGGCGCAGAGCCGAGGUGCACGCUGUGCACAGCGAGUCCUCAGGUCUGGCGGGCGCCGCGAGGGAGGUCGUCGCGGAUAAAAGCGACUUACUCUGGAGGGGCGAAGAAGGGUCAGGGAGCCGGCGAGGGUCGGGACGGGCCGGGGCCGCUCUCGCUCCUGUCGCCAGCGCGUCCGCGGGGUCCUGGUGGCCGGAGGGCCUCCCCUCGGUGGAGGCGAAGGCGACGCGAUCGCAGCUGCUGGAGGAAGAGCUGAGCAGCCUAAAGGAGGAGCUGGCCCAGUGUCAGGCUGACAAAGAAUUUGUAUGGUCUCUGUGGAAACGUCUUCAGGCAACAAAUCCAGAUCUCACUCAAACUGUCAGUUUGGUUGUGGAAAGAGAAAAACAGAAAUCUGAAGCCAAAGACAGAAAAGUUCUGGAAAUCUUACAAGUCAAAGAUGCUAAAAUACAAGAAUUGGAGCAGACCGCAUCUGUACUAAAACAAGAAAUACAUGACCUUAUAAAACUGAAGACUCUGGUUGAUGAAGAAAAUGCUUUCUUGAGGAAAGAAUUCAGUGAUUUGCAGAAGAAAUUUAAAGAUAAAAGCCAAGAAGUUAAGGACGCCAAGGAGUGCGUGCAGAGUAAAGAAGAGCAAGACAGAUUGCUUAUAAAAAACCUGGAGGAGGAAAAUGAGAGAUUAUGUACACGCUGCGCUGACCUGCUAAAUGACCUGGAGACACUGAAGAACCAGGAAGCAUACUGGAGAAAUGAAAAACAGAGUGUGGACGCAAGAGUAAAGGUCCUUGAAGAAAAUUUGAUUGAAGCAAAGAAAGAAAUUGAAUCAGCACAUAGUAAAUAUAAUGCCGUGUCACUGCAGCUGAACAACAAACAGACUGAACUUCUCCAGAAAGAUAUGGAUAUUACAUUGGUCCGGAAAGAGUUGCAGGAGCUGCAGAAUCUGUACAAGCAGAACAGUGCACACACAGCACAGCAGGCAGACCUGAUCCAGCAGCUCCAGGUUCUCAAUAUGGAUACGCAGAAAGUACUGAAGAAUCAGGAAGAUGUUCACACGGCUGAAAGUAUAUCAUACCAAAAACUUUAUAAUGAAUUACAUGUUUGUUUUGAAACUACAAAAUCAAAUGAAGCUAUGCUCCGGCAAAGUGUUGUUAAUCUUCAGGACCAACUGUUUCAAAAAGAACAAGAAAAUGUAAAAUUAAAGGAAAAACUUCAGGAAUCAAAAGAAACAUCCUGUUUAUCACCACACGAGAGUGAGUCAAACCAAUCAGGAAAGGCAGCGCUAUCAAGCUUGGAAACAUUAAUGAUCUCACAGAAGUCUGAAAUUGAGUAUUUACAGAAGAAACUGAAAGUGGCAAAUGAAAAGUUAAUGGAGAAUAGAUCUUGUGACCAGGAUUUCUCAGAGAAGGGGAUUGAAGGAAAACGCAAGGAGCCACCUGUGAAACGUUCAAGGUCUUUGUCCCCAAAGAGCAGUUUCAUGGACUCCGAGGAGCUAAGGAAGCUUAAAAAGGCUGAGAGAAAGAUUGAAAACUUGGAGAAGACGCUACAGCUAAAGAGCCAAGAAAAUGAUGAGCUAAGAGAUGCCCAUGAAAAAUGCAAGGAAAGGCUACAGAUGUUACACACCAACUACAGAGCAGUAAAAGAGCAAUUAAAACAGUGGGAAGAAGACAGUGGCAUGACUGAAACCAGAAAAAUGAAGCGAGCAGAUCCUCUCCAGCUUCGACAAGAAGAUUCUGAUGCUGUGUGGAAUGAACUGGCAUAUUUCAAAAGAGAAAACCAGGAGUUGAUGGUUCAAAAGAUGAAUCUUCAGGAUGAAUUGGAUGAGCUUAAAAUGCAUAUGUCUAUUGAUAAAACAACAAUACAGGAAUUGAACAGGUGCAUGGCAGAAAAAAGAGAAGAACAACUCUUUAGACACCAUGAAGAUGCUGGGGUCAAGAAGAGUACUCCAGAGAAGAAUGAGAAAGCAAUAUCGGAGCAGACAUUACAGAAGGUCAUCGAGUUGGAAAAUCGGCUAAAGUCUUUUGAGAAAAACUCAAGAAAAUUAAAAGAAGAGAGUAAGAAAUUAAAGAAAGACAAUGAUUUCCUGAAAUCCCACUUAAAACACUAUCAAGAAGACUCAGAGGCGAGAGAAAAGGAGCUAGAGCAACUACUGAGGGUAAGCAAAGAUGUAGAACAUGACAAAAGUGAGCUUCAAACAAAGAUCACUGCUCUGGAGAGGGAGGUCACUACCCUGAGGAGACAAGUGGCAGCAGCUAAGGCUUUGAGAGAGGAAAGAGAAGAGGUGGUAUGUCCAGAGGAGAGAGCACACCACCCAACAGACAAAGCUAAAUCUGGGAUGGCUACCACAGAUGUGAGAGCCCAGCGCUGUGACUGCAAGACAGCCACUACCAAGGUGAAAUUUAAAGCUGCCAAGAGAAAGUGCUCUGUGGGUCGCCACCACUCAGUUCUCAAUCACUCCAUCAAGGUUAUGAGCCACGUGGAGAACCUCAGCAAGGACGGCUGGGAGGAUGUGAGUGAAGGCAGCAGUGAUUCUGAAACACAAACCUUUCAAAAUUUGGGAACAAUUAUUGUAGAAACAACCCAGAAUAUAAGCCCUAAUGAAGAUGGUGGAAAUCAGAAAGAAAUUGACCAAACAGAAGAUGGCUGUACUCAACAAAAAGCAAUGCAGACAUACUCAUGUGAGGACAUCAGGGCCCCGCAGAGUAUUUCUCAUUAUAAGAAUACCAAGAAAAUUACUUUACAGAAGAAGAGUGGAAGCCUGCAGAAGAGCUUACACAGUGCCCUUCCUGCCAGAGUUAACAGAGAAAGGUGCAAAAAUAUAUCUGCCCAGAAAUCCAGUAGCCACACUAUUUUAUUACGAGAACGGAUUGUAUCCUUGCAGCAACAAAACAGUUUGCUUCAGAAUGCCAGGAAAGCAGCAGAGUUGUCUGCUAAGGAAUAUAAAGAAGCAAACGAGAAGCUCCUCCAUCAACAGCAGAUAUCUGACCACCGAUUCCAGACCAGCAGACAGACAAUAAAGAAGCUAACUCUUGAUUUAGCUCAACUUCGAAAAGAAAAAGAAGAUUUGUUGAAAAAAGUGGAGUCUUCAUCUGACAUCACAAGCUUGGCAGAAGAAGUUUCUAGAAUAAUGGCCCCACAGAUACAAGUUACCACACUGGGUCCUUCAAGGAGCAUGGAUUUGGAAAUAAAGCAAUUGCAGUGUAAACUAAAGAAUGCAACUAAUGAACUCACUAAACAGUCAUCAAAUGUGAAGUCUCUGAAACUGGAACUCCUGGCAAAAGAUGACCACAUAAAGGAGAUGCAUGAAAAGAUGUCUCGAAUGGAGAGAGAUAUAACCAUGAAAAGACACCUGAUUGAGGACUUGAAAUUUCGACAGAAAGUAAAUUCAGAAAGUAAUGAGAGUUUUAAUGAAAUGUUGGAAACUCUUGAAAAAAAGGUGAAGACAUUAACUGAAGAAUGUUCCAACAAGAAAAUAUCAGUUGAUUCACUAAAGCAAAGACUUAACGUUGCUGUGAAAGAGAAGUCGCGCUACGAGCAGAUGUAUCAGAAAACUAAAGAGGAGUUAGAAAAAAAGGAUCUCAAGAUGAAUCUCCUGAUAUCAAAACUAAAUGACACAGAGACAGCCAUGGCUCAGAUUGAGACAGCAGCUUCGGAGCAGCUCCAAGGCUUAGCUCUUCAGAGUGAGCAGGUCCUGGAAGGCGCACAGAAGAAACUGGUGUUCGCCAAUGAAAAGAUCGAAGAGUUCACUGUCUUUGUGAAGGCUUUGGUCAAUGAGUUACAAAGUGAAGUCCAUAGGACAAGACACCAAAUCAGAGAGCUUAAGAAGAUGCAGAAAAGCAGACAUGCUUGUAAAACCUCAACCCACAAAGCCCAGACCUUGGCAGCUUCCAUUCUGAACAUCUCACGGUCAGACCUGGAGGAAAUACUGCACACAGAAGAUGAAAUGGAAAUUGAGAAGACAAAGAUAGAUGCUGAAAAUGACAAGGAGUGGAUGUUGUACAUUCAGAAACUCCUUGAAGGACAGCUUCCGUUUGCAUCAUAUUUACUAGAAGCAGUACUGGAGAAAAUAAAGGAAAACAAGAAACUAACAGAAGGAUACUUCACUGUCAUGAAAGACAUUAAAUAAAGUUAAAGUAGAGCUGUUUUCAAAUGCAAGAACUUCCUAUGCUGUGGUUCUAAACAGCCCAGAUACAGUAUCGGCUCCAGCUAGCAACAGGCAGCUUCAACCACAUCAAAAGUUGCUGAAAUUGACUGCUGGACAAAUGAAGCUAAGUGCACGAUCACAUAAAAGGAAGUCUAGCUUUGGAAUUUUGGAUAUUGUCCCAAUCAAUGCAAACUUAAAAAUGGUUUUCCUUCCAGUACAUAAGAAGAAAACAUA